CAACUCCCAGGAAUACCCUGCGAGAGCCCAGCUCUCACAACAGAGCAGGCUGGGCGAACUAAACACAGCAACAAGGGAGACCAGAACCCCGUCCUUGCCCUAGCAAAGCCUCUGCAGAUUAUGCUCUAAAUCUAGCAACUAUUUGCUCUCCAAGCAGGGAUUAAUCACCCCCUCUCUCAGCUCAGCUGUGUUUCUGUUUGCUGUGUUGCUUCCCCUGUUACUUUACUGAGCUGAGCACAAGCUGGGCUCUGAUGCUGAGUGUGCAGCCAUGAUGAGAUGCAGUGAGAGCAGAGAGCAAGCAGGCCUGGGGAAUGCUAAGAGAACUGAACCCUGUCGGAGAGUGGUCUGGAGUCUUCGUUACUUUCCAUUUCUCUGCUGAGAAACCCAGUCUGGCCAGAGGAAGGAGAAGGAAGGAAACACCUGGAGAGGUUUCUGCGCAGUACCUGAAGAAUCCAUGAACAAACAGAAGCAGCAUCAUACAAAAUACACUGAACUGCAGGGAACAGCCUCAGAAAGACAUGAUGAGGAUGGUAUCAGAGGGGUAGCCGUGUUAGUCUGGAUCUGUAAAAGCAGCAAAGAGUCCUGUGGCACCUUAUAGACUAACAGACAUAUUGGAGCAUGAGCUUUCGUGGGUGAAUACCCACUUUGUUGGAUGAUGAGGAUGGUUUCUAGGGCUGUGAUAAUGGGCCAGGCUGCAGGACCUGGUGAAAUCUGAAACCAAAGAAGAACCUAGGAGAUAAAUCCAGUUUUGGUGAAAGAAGACCCAGCACCCUUGCCGAUAUUAGACUAUGGAGACUAGGUGAUGUGGGGAGAGACUCCCAGAGCAGAAUCUUCCCAAUGCAGCCCCUGCUAGACAGAAACUUUAUGUGUCUGUACAGCUCCUAGCACAAUGGGGCCCUGAACAGGUUAAGGCCCCUAGGUGUUAUCACAGUAUCAGUGUUAAAUACUAAUACUAGAAAUACCUUUCCUGGGCCAUAAGCUGGAGGGGAAGGAAGAUGCUCAAAGCCCCACAGAGUCCUGACCCGGACGACAGGCCAUACAAGUGCACCGAGUGCGAGAAGUGCUUCCGGCAGAAGAAGAUCCUCAAAGCCCACCAGAGCAUCCACACCGGAGAGAAACCGCACACGUGCGCCGAGUGCGGAAAGAGCUUCCGGCAGAAGAACAACCUCCGGAAGCAUCAGUGGAUCCACACCGGCCAGACGCCCCACCAGUGCGCCGAGUGCGGGAAGUGCUUCAGCGAGAAGCAGCGCCUGCGGAAGCACCAGAAGACGCACACGGGGGAGACGCCGUAUGCCUGCGCCGAGUGCAGCAUGCGCUUCAGCCACAAGCAUAACCUGAAAACUCACCAGCGGGUGCACACCGGCGAGACACCCUACAAGUGCCCCGAGUGCAAGAAAGGCUUCAAGCAGCAGAACCACCUCAUCAGCCACCUGCGCACCCACCGGGAGGAGAAGCUCUACAGGUGUACCCAGUGCGACAGGUUCUUCAGGAAGAAGCCCAACCUGCUGAAGCACCAGGAGAGCCACGUGGGGGACAGGCCCUACCACUGCAAGGACUGCGGGAAGACCUUCAAGCAGAACAACCACCUGGUGAGUCACCAGAGGACCCAUGCUGCAGGCAGCCUCUACAUAUGCACCGAGUGUGGGAAGAGCUACAGCCAGUGGGCGCAUCUCACCACUCACGAGCGGGCCCACGCUGGGGAGGUCCAGCUGACCUGCAGCUUUGGGCAGGAGAAGAACCUCCGAGAGCACCAGCGAAUCCACACAGGCGAGAGGCCUCACAAGUGCACUCACUGCGGGAAAAGCUUCACCUGGAGCACCAGCCUGAUCAAGCACCAGCAGAUCCACAUGGGCAGCAAGCUGCACGCCUGCACCGCAUGCGAGAAGAGCGUCCGGUGGCGGCACAGCCUCCUGCAGCACCAGUCGGUGCACACUGGUGAAAAGCCGCACACCUGUGCCCAGUGCAGCCGCAGCUUUAUGGAGAAGCAGGCGCUGAAGAAGCACGAGAGCAUCCACACAGGGGAGAAGCCCUUCACCUGCAGCGAGUGCGGGAAGAGCUUCCGGCAGAAGGGCAAUCUGGUGUCACACGAGAGGAGCCACCUGGAGGAGAAGCCGAACCGAUGCCCCGAGUGCGGGAAGUGCUUCCGGGAGCAGCGCUUCCUGGUCAACCACCAGCGCACCCACACCCAGGAGCGGCCCUUCCAGUGCCCCCUCUGUGGGAGGAGCUUCACCGAGAGGAAGAACCUCAACAAGCACCAGCGGACGCACAGCGGGGAGACCCCCUACACCUGCGGGGAGUGCGGGAACAGCUACACCCAGAAGUACAGCCUGAAGGUACACCAGCGAACCCACAGCGAGGAGACCUCCCACACCUGCAGCGAGUGUGGGGAGAGCUUCAAGCAAAGGAACCACCUUGUGAGCCACCAGCGGAGCCACAAAGCCGGGAGCCUCUACAUAUGUGCCGAGUGUGGGGAGAGCUACAGCCACUGGGCGCAUAUCACCGCCCAUGACAGAAUCCACACCAGGCAGAGCCAGCCAGCAUGCACUGAAUAUCGGUAACAGAGGCAACGUAUCUCAGAGCAUGCCAAGGAUCCAGACGAGAGCCCACAUCCAUACACAAGUUAAGGGCCCCGGCUAGGUAUAGGGCAUUAGCCAGAGCCAUUCUGAACCAGAAUGCUUCCCAGGCAGGCGUCAGAACGUCUGGACCUCCUUGUGU